AGAGGAUAAAGAAGAAAAAAAACAGUCUUUUUAAAGACUACCAACUUACAUCAAGAGCAGAGAAAUUACAGCAACCUGCUCAACCCAUUGCGGGUCAUCAGGAGGAAGGAGCGUCAAGAUGGGCGCCAAACUGUGCAACAUCCUGCACCGGCACCGGCAUACUGAGACUGUUGACAUCAAUCAGUCUUUUGAUGCUUGUGAGCCUUGGGUGAGUAUUUGCUUUUCAGGUAUGAAGCAGGAGCUGCUGAGAGACAUCCGGAAGGAGAUGAGGAUAGCAGCAGGGGCGCAAAAGCUGUACCUUGUCACCAAGGACAGACAGACCAAAGCCCAAGUGAAGGAGCUGAGGAACAUCAGUGAGAGGAAGGUGAAAGCCCUUUUCUCCUCUCUCCACAAGCUCAAUGUGCAGCUAGCUCAGAGGGAAGCAGAGAAUUCUCCAGAUGCAGUUCUGGAGACUACAAGGGACACCGAUGUCAACUUCCCUGCACCAGAGAUCACUGCGCCUGAGGUUCAGGUCAUUUCAGACCCCGCCAGUGAUUCAUCACAACAUCAACAUGAUGAAUCAUCUCAGGAACCUGUUCCAGAGAUAGAACAGCCGCCUGAACAACCAUCUGACAGGGACUUACCUGUAGAAGAUACAAAUGAGGAGGCUGAGGAAGAGGCAGAAUCUGUUGUUGAAGAAGAUCCAGUGCAACAACAACAACAGAAUGAGGAAGAAAGGUAAACUCACACUUUAUAUGGGAGGCUGCGGUUAAGACUGAUUUCUACUAUAAACUUGCAUUAUACUAAUCAUGUACCUCAAUGACCUCUUCCCAAUAGUGAAGUUCCUGAGAAUGAAGAAGACUCUUCUGAAACAUCGAUGGGUCCUCUCCCCGGCGAUUACAGCCCCAUUCCAGAGGAUUCUCAGGCUGAAGAGAUGACAGUAGAGGAGGCUGAAACGACACAAGAGCUACAGUUCAGCAGUUUUACAGCAAGGGACUUUCGCCGGAUUAAGGUUUUAGGCAGAGGAAGCUUCGGCAAGGUUCUACUAGUAGAGUAUCUUCCAGCAAACAUCUAUUGCGCUAUUAAAGUGCUCAAGAAGGACAACAUCGACUCCACUGAUGAUAUAGAACACAUUUUAACAGAGAAGCAAAUUGGACAGUUGGUGAAUCCACACAGUUUUAUAGUGGACUUAUACGCCACAUUCAGCACCAAAAACCAGCUGUUUUUCAUCAUGGAGUUUGUGGCAGGAGGCAGUUUAAGAACCCACCUGAUGAGGAGCCAGCACUUUGAUCUACAGACAACCAAGUAAGUAUA